AUGGCGGACGGUGGUCCCCAUGCAGACCCUCAUUCUGAAGACAGCACACUACGAAACCUCUCGGACGCCAACAUUCUCGAAUGUCCGAUCUGUCUUGAGCAGUUACGACAGCCGAAGUCUCUGCCGUGUCGUCAUUCUCUUUGUGAGGAAUGUUUGAGUAGCUACAUCGUCAGUGAGGUGUUAGGGACGAGUGAUACGGCGACUUCCUUUAUCUGUCCGGUAUGUAGGACCCUAACUCACCCCGUGGACAAAUCAGAGGACAAAGAGAAAUGGGCCCAGCAGUUUCCGACCGACAACGUUGCCAUAGAGAUGAUACAACUGAGAAACAGGACGACAGAGCCACGUUACUGCGCGCCCUGUCAGAGAAAGGGAAGCAUGACCUCUGCACAAUUCUAG